AUGCUCGGCGUUCUUCUGCUCGACACUAGCUACUGUACAAGUAAGGCCGGUAACCCCAGGACUCCUGCCGGCAACCCCCUGAUUAGCCUGCGGGAUGAGCGAUACCCGACCCAGCAAAAACAUCCUGACCGCCACACGUUCACCUCCUCAUGGCUUUUCGAUCCACGCCGCCACCCCUUGAGGUCCCUCUUCGAGAUCCACGCCGAGGUAACUCUACUCACUUCCAUCCGAACCGAGUCGUCUUCCCUAGGAAUCCCCGAGCGAGCCAUAUUCUUCAUGACUAGACAUGGCUAUCCUUACGCCGCCAUUCCGGAACCGAACACUAGUAAACUCGCUCAGUCCGGCGACGCCGUACCCAUGUGCCCGAAUUCCGUUGCAGUUCAAGGGGAAUGGGUAGAGACCUUCAGUCAUAAGGCUGGGCGGGAAAUCAUGACGCCGCCAGCACACCUUUCGUAA